AUGCCCAGCUUAGGGCUGACUGGCCCAUGCGAGGUCGUUAAAGCCCUAGUCCCAGGCAGACCGGUACGAGAUGUCAGACUGAUAUGGUGUGAAGAGGAUGGGAAACUUCUCGGGGCAUUGACCGCGCUCGGGCAGUCGACCGGUCCAGUUUCCACGCUUACAAUCCAAUCUGUGGACCUACUGGAUGAAAAGGCCAUCGUUUUCACUGGACAUGACCUUCCGCGCCUUGAAUACCUCAGCAUCGUUUCCCCUUAUUUCCAGCUUCCGGAUGACGACAUUGUGAUGGUCCUCCAACGGGGCCUUGAAGGACUUCCAUCCUUGCCGGCUGCUCAGAACACUGGGAACCAGUUUGUGACUGUGCUGUACUUUGCAGCUGCUCAAUCCGCAACAGGUCUCCACACCGAGAUGAUUCCUUUCCCAGAUACUUCACUCACGCUCGGUCAGCUCGCUCGUCUUCCAGUGGAACGUCACCCUGCUCUACAGGAUGUCUUGAACGAGAGUUCGUGGAGUGUGGAUGCUGAGAUGAACGGAUGUGAAUGA